AUGGCCACCACCACUCCUACUCUCCUCACUCUCUCGACCCAACCCUGCCACGUCCACCCUCUCGUCCUCCUCUCGAUCCAAGACCACUUUCACCGCGUAGCAAAGAACACACGCAAGAGGGUUGUCGGGAUCUUGUUGGGACAGGAGUUGCAGAAGGGGGGUUGGGAGGUCACGAAUUCGUUUGCGGUGCCGUUCGAAGAGGACGAGAAGGACCCGCGAACGUGGUUCCUCGACCACAACUACAUCGAAGCGAUGAACGACAUGUUCAAAAAGGUCAACGCUCGCGAAAAGCUCAUCGGGUGGUACCACACCGGUCCGCGCCUGCGCGCUUCCGACCUCGAGAUCAACGCCGUCGUCAAGCGGUACACGCAGAGACCUAUCAUGGUUAUUGUCGAUGUCAGGCCGGAUGAGGAGCGUGCGGGAGGAGGUGGGGGGAUCCCGACGGAUGCGUAUGUUGCGGUUGAGGAGAUCAAGGAUGACGGCACGGCCUCGCAACACACCUUCAUCCACGUCCCCUCGCUCAUCUCUGCCUCGGAAGCCGAAGAAAUCGGUGUCGAGCACCUCCUGCGCGACAUCUCCUCUACGGCGCUCACAACCGGUUCUCUCUCCACCCGCGUCUCGUCACAACUCUCUUCGCUGCGCGGAUUGGGCGCGAGGUUGGUCGAGAUUAGGGAUUACUUGACCGAGGUCGUCGAGGGGAAACUUGGAGUCAAUCAGCAGAUUGUGGCGAACUUGCAGGACGUGUUCAACCUCCUUCCGAACCUCGAGGCAGCGGUGCAGGGCGGGAUGGUUGCGGAACCUCUGACGAGCGAGGAAGGCGAAGGCGGGGUGGGUGGGAGGAAGAGGCCUUUCACGGUCGCGACGAACGAUCAGUUGUUGGUCAUGUACCUCAGCUCGUUGAUUCGGACUGUCAUCGCGUUGCAUGACCUGGUGUUGAACAAGCAGGCUGCGGCGGCUGCUGCGGAUGGCGAUCUCGAUGAGGACGAGGCGAGCGCGGACAAGAAGGAGGGUGAGAAGAAGGAGGGCGAGAAAGACAAGGGGGGGAAGAAGGACGAGAAGAGCGACAAGGAGAAGGCGAAGGAGUGGUUCAAGGGCGACGAGAAGGGGCAUUAG